AUGGCUCUAAAGCUUCGCCCAGGAUUUAGUAUCACGGUCCCAGGAGUUAGGAUAAUUGAUGUCAGCAAACCGGAGUGGCUUGAAUACAUCCAGAAAACCAACUUCGAUAACUAUCAAAAGGGACCUAUGUUUCGAGGCCUCAUGGUCGAUUUAUUUGGGGAUGGUAUUCUCGUAACGGAUGGUGCUUUGUGGAAAAGAGCUCGAACGGUCACCUCGAGAGUUUUUUCCGCCAACACCUUCAAGAAUGUGAUAGAGCCCAGUGCCGAUCACAGUGUGGAUGGGCUGCUCCAAGUCUUGCAAAGUUCGAGCGACGAAAGCCGAGAUCUUGACUUUUGCAAUCUCUUCACUCGCUUCACGCUGGAUUCAUUCGUCAAGAUGACUUUUGGAAGGGCUUUAGGGCUCUAUGGAGAGGAGUCCACAACAGACACAGAACCCGAAGCAUGCUAUAAACAUCUAUCUUCUCCCGAAGCUUUUGCGGAGGCAUUUGAAUUUUCACAAAAGCAAAUGGAUUUCAGAUUUACUGUGAUGACUGGAUGGGAAUUAUACGAAAAGGUCAACCUCAGCGUCGGACAGCAGAUGAAGCGCUCUUGUGGUACGAUUCAUGAAUACGCUUACACGCUAAUCGAUGAAAGACUCUCGAAAAUCUCAAGCGACGAUGACUUUACCAACGGCGAAACGUUUCAAAAUGACUUCUUGGGGUUAAUGAUGGCUGUCCACCGUCAGCGCGGACACACUUUGAACCGUGAGGAACUGAAGGAUGCUGCAUUGAGCUUUCUUCUUGCUGGACGUGAUGCAACGGCACAAUCGCUAUCAUGGUGCUUCUUCCACCUUUUGAUGAACAAAGAGGUGAUUUCCAAAAUUCGGGAGGAAGCAGCUCAGCUCUUGGGCACAUACCCUUCUCAUCAAGGUCGUGUGACUCACGACAACUAUAAGCAGUUCACGUACACCUACGCCGCAGUGCUUGAAACAAUCAGAUUACAUCCUCCAGUACCCAAGAACCUGAAAUUCGCAAAGGCCGAUGACCUGAUUCCCGGAGGACCGACUGUUGAGGCAGGUGACUGCGUUACUUGGAGUGAUUGGCAAAUGGCUCGUGAUCCCGAAAUCUGGGGAGCCGAUUGUGGGCAAUACAAGCCAGAUCGGUGGAUUGAUGAAGCGGGCAAGAUCCAAAACUUCGGCAACUUCAAAUUUCACGCUUUCAACGCUGGACCCAGGCUUUGUUUGGGGAUGAACAUGGCUAUCUUUUUCAAUGUCAAAACUAUUGUUGAGAUGCUACAAAAUUUCGAUUUGGAGUUUUCCGAGGGAUGGUUGGAAAAUGUCCCAAAAAGCGAGGUACUGGAAGGUAUCAAAGCAGACUAUCCCACUCCGCAGUAUCAGCCUUCUUUGACUUUACCGAUGAAAAACGCAAUGAUGAUCUCCGUGAAGCCCCGCCUAACUCAAGAUUUGACAAUUCGAGGUAGCCCGCGAACAAUAUAG